AUGUUCUUUAGCUUGCCGUCGAUUGAAAGUCGCUUGUCACACACGUCCGCGGAACCCAAACAAACCACCCCCGUCAACAAUCAUCUACCCUUACUAAAUGAUUCCAAUCGAUCCAACUUGGUUGAGAGUGCGAGCAAGUGCACGAUUGAAUCUGUCAAACCAGACCCAUCCGUUCCCCAGUUGCAUCCAAAUUUGUAUUCCUUUGAGAAGGGUUUGGAACAAGUUGAAAGUAUUGGACCAACUUUGGAUUCAGUUGGACAUGGCCGACUAGAAGCCAUUCUCGAACCAGAAGAACUCCAAGAAAUGGAAUCUGGAGUCACUAACACGGAUGAAACAACACGUGGUAAAGUGUUUCCAAUAAAACAAAACGAUGAAAUUUUGUUCAAACAAAUAACUCCCAAGGAUAAUCUGUCAAAUCAAGAAGGUCCGGUCUGCCCUCAUUUACCGGCGAUUGACUCCUUUAGCGAAAAAAGUAAAGGAAAGAAUGGAAUCAAAACGUCCGAUCAAUUAACUGAGGACCAAUCAACUCAAAACGACACGGCUAACAAGCCUUCUGUGAAAUGCAAAAACAAAUCACGGGAGAAUAUGGAUCAUAAAUCCGAGGCACCUACUGUUCAAUCGGCUACACCAGCCAUCCAACUCCAGACUCCGUUGGUUAACGCGGUGGCAAAAAGAAAAGCUCUGAUGGACAGUUUGAAUAUACCUGUAGUUUCCGAAACGGACUAUCUGGAAAAACGAUAUCACAUUGGUCGAACCCUUGGUGAUGGAAAUUUCGCGGUAGUUCGCCUUGCUCGUCGUCGGGAGACGGGACAGUUGUACGCCAUAAAAAUGAUUGACAAAACCAAAUUAAAAGGAAAAGAGAGCAUGCUUUACCACGAAGUGAGCAUCAUGCAUCGUUGUAAUCAUCCGAAUAUUGUACGACUUUAUGAGGAGUUUGAAACAUCCAAAGACAUUUGGUUAACCAUGGAAUAUGUCAAAGAUGGAGAUUUAUUUGACGGGAUCACGAAAGCAAUGAAAUUCUCCGAGGUCACUGCCUCAGGAAUUGUGCGCGAUUUGGCCAGCGCGUUAUUCUAUUUGCAUUGUCGCUCGAUUGUACAUCGGGACUUGAAACCGGAAAAUGUGUUGGUACGCGAUUCGGAUGUGAAGGAGGAGAAGGAUAUGAAACUGAUGAUAAUGAUCCGGGUUGAUUGCUAG